AAACAGCUGUCAUAAUUCAGGGCCCGUGAAUUUUCGCAUAAAGAUUCGAACAACCUGCAUUUUAGCUGCUAUAAAUAAAAUAAACCUAGCAAAAUGAUGAACUUGUCCAGAGCCGUAGUCCGCAGCUUUGCCACCAGCAGCGCUCGUCGCUCCACUGUCGCUAAGGAUCAGAUCGAGAAGGGAUAUUUUGAGGUCAGAAAGGUGCAGGAGCACUUCCAGAAGAAAGACGGCAAGCCCGUUUUUCUGAAGGGUUCUGCCGUUGACAAUGUCUUGUAUCGCAUUACCAUGGCUCUAGCUCUAGUUGGUAUUGGUGGCAUGGGCAAGCUGUUCUGGGAUCUGAGCGUGCCCAAGAAGGAGGAAUAAGGCGCAAGCAGUGUAGUCCAACCCCUUAAGCUAAGCCUCCAGCCUGUAGUUACCUUAUAUUUCUGUGUUUUCAGAGUAGUUGCUCCUUCAAUCCUAGUGUGUUACGCCCUAGAUUACUGCUUGUUCUACUUAAGUUUAAACUGUAACUGAACAUUCGCAAAAGCAUUUGAAGCGUGGAAAUAUAAGCACUUGGCUGUAAAGUUAAAAGAUUGCCGCAA